UCAACGUCUUUCAUGUUUCUAGUCCUCAUGGCUCCUGAGGUAAGUUUUCGUCUUGCAUCGCCAAAGGAAGCCUCCCGAGAGCUGCUUCUCCUGGUUCUCUCCCCAGGUUUACGGAAUGCGCCUCGCUGCUGGGACGUGAUCCAGCCCCUCCUCUGCGCCGUGUACAUGCCAAAGUGUGAGGAUGGGAAAGUGGAGCUGCCCAGCCAGACCCUGUGCCAAGCGACGCGGGGGCCCUGCACCAUUGUGGAGCGGGAGCGGGGCUGGCCCGACUUCCUCAGAUGCACCACGGAUCGUUUCCCCGAAGGGUGCCCGAACGAGGUGCAGAACAUCAAAUUCAACAGCUCGGGGCAAUGCGAGGCCCCGCUGGUGCAGACGGACAACCCCAAGAGCUGGUACGAGGACGUGGAAGGCUGUGGCAUCCAGUGUCAGAACCCCCUUUUCACGGAGAAGGAGCACCGCGAGAUGCACACCUACAUCGCCGCCUUCAGCUCCAUCACUAUUUUUUGCACCUUCUUCACCCUGGCCACCUUCGUAGCUGACUGGAAGAAUUCGAACCGUUACCCAGCUGUGAUCCUCUUCUACGUCAAUGCCUGCUUCUUCACGGGCAGCAUCGGCUGGCUGGCCCAGUUCAUGGAUGGCGCCCGCAGUGAGAUCGUCUGCCGUGCUGACGGGACCAUGCGCUUGGGGGAGCCCACCUCCAACGAGACACUUUCCUGCGUGAUCAUCUUUGUGAUUGUCUACUAUUCCUUGAUGUCUGGUGUGAUCUGGUUCGUCAUGCUGACUUAUGCCUGGCACACCUCCUUUAAGGCGCUAGGUACCACCUACCAGCCGCUGGUGGGCAAGACUUCCUACUUCCACCUGGUGACCUGGUCUAUUCCCUUUGUCCUCACAGUGGCCAUCUUGGCUGUUGCACAGGUGGACGGAGAUUCGGUUAGUGGCAUCUGCUUUGUAGGGUACAAAAACUACCACUAUCGAGCAGGAUUUGUUUUGGCCCCCAUCGGCCUGGUGUUAAUUAUUGGGGGCUAUUUCCUGAUCAGAGGAGUGAUGACUCUGUUCUCCAUCAAAAGCAAUCACCCAGGCCUCUUGAGCGAGAAAGCUGCCAGCAAGAUCAAUGAGACCAUGUUACGUCUUGGGAUUUUUGGCUUCCUGGCCUUUGGCUUUGUCUUCAUCACUUUUGGCUGCCACUUCUACGACUUCUUCAACCAGGCGGAGUGGGAACGGAGCUUCCGGGAGUAUGUGUUGUGCGAGGCCAACGUGACCAUCGCCACGCAGACCAACAAGCCGAUCCCAGACUGUGAGAUCAAGAACCGUCCCAGCCUGCUGGUGGAGAAGAUUAAUCUCUUUGCCAUGUUUGGGACGGGCAUUUCAAUGAGCACCUGGGUGUGGACCAAGGCUACUCUUCUCAUCUGGAAGCGCACCUGGUGCAGGCUGACCGGCCAGAGCAGCAACGAGCCCAAGCGGAUCAAGAAGAGCAAGAUGAUUGCCAAGGCCUUCUCCAGGCGGAAGGAGCUGCAGCACAACCCUGACCAGGAGCUCUCCUUCAGUUUGCGCACCGUCUCGCACGAGGGGCCUGUCGCUGGCCUGGUGUUUGAUAUCAACGAACCUUCGGGAGACGUGUCCUCCGCUUGGGCGCAACAUGUGACCAAGAUGGUAGCCAGGAGGGGAGCCAUCCUCUCUCAGGAUGUCUCUGUCACACCUGUAGCCACACCAGUGCCCCCCGAGGAAAGGGCCAGCCUGUGGCUGAUGGAGGCCGAGUUCUCCCCCCGGCGGGCAAAGAAACUGAGCCGGAAGAAAAAGAAGCGACGGAAGAAGAAGGAGAUUUGCCCCUCCGGGCCUGCAGCUGAGACCUGCCAGUCGGAUUACUUGGUGCCAGGAGGCACCAGCUCCAUCCCACGCCUGCCCCAGCUGCCCAAGACUAAAUGUUUUAUUGCCAGCCCGAGGCAAGCCCAGGCUCUGGAUGACGUCCUUUCGCCUCGAGCUCCCCCCGAAUGGAGACCCAGAGCCCCGCAGCCAGAGCACGCCCUUGUCAGACUGCCCCAGGAGCUGCCCGCGGCCAGCUGCAGGCAGAAUAACCCCCUGAAUCUCGUCAGCCACCCCUUUUGCCCGGAUCUUGGGGCCAUGGAGGAAGGAGGACCCGGAAGCAGCGCAUGGCGGUUCCCUGGACAGCAGCCGUCGCAUUUUCGGGGGGCCUCCCUCCAUCCUCCCCCCAGGAGUUCAGCUGCUUUGUUCGUUGGCAGUGAUGUCUACGGAAUACAGCCCCCUCCGGGCAGGUGGGGCGGGUUGCCCCCCAUCCAUUCCAGGACAAACCUCAUGGACCCCGAAUUGCUAGACAUUGACUCCGACUUCUAGAGCUGCGGAGGGGGCUUUCAGCAGCUUCGCUUGGUUGUAGAUCAGCCAUGGCGUGGUUGGUAGAGCCAUCCCCUCAGAACCAUCCUUGGGGUGCUGCUCCAUCAACUUCACGAAGAAGGAGAGAUGUUGUUUGAAGAUACUUUCCUUGGACACCUGAAUCCCUGCGUUCCUUUCCGCCUCUUCAUCUUGUGUGCCUCAGUGUGUCUAAGGUUCCUUUGCCCUUCCUAGAAGAGCAACAGGGCAAGGAGUGGGACUUUUCUUCCCGCUUUGGUGUGAACGAGAACCUCAAAGAACCUCUCUUGCUUCAAGAACAAGGAAGACUCUGCAGCACCCUCUGCAGAAGGUUCCCCUUGUCUCCAUUGCUUCUCAGGCCAUGUCCCCAAAUGGCUCUCAUAAGAACUUUGCUUGGAAGCAGAUCUGGAACUCGGUGGCUAUCAGAAGUAGGCUUGGCAGUGGGGGGAACCAAGGGGUUGGGGUGCUGGGCUUUGUAGAGUGAGAAGGAUCCAUUUGUGUAGAUUAGGAUUGGAAGGGGUCACCAGCCUGAACCACUAGAAGAACUAGGGAGAUGCAACGUAUUGUACCCAAAUGCAUAAGGGCCCAGCUAGACAUCAUCGCUUAUUGCUUUGGGUAUCUGCUGUACCUGUCACAAUACUGAGCAGAAAGUAGGGGAGAAAGGUUUAUAAAAAGGAGAUUUCUUGGAUAAGGCCUGGAUGGGAUGGAGCAAGUUCCACAUAGAUGGGUUUGGAGUUGAUUUGGGUGCCUUCUCAAGUAGCUGGGACUGUGCCUCAGGGUGCUGUGGCCUACCAGGGACUAUCCAGAUGUUAGACUAUGAUCGCCACCACCUUUGACUCUUCCUGAUGGAAGUUGGGAUCCAGCAUUAGCAUAUUCCCAUCUCUGGUUAAAAGUUCUUCCCAGAACUGUGUAGGACAUCCCAGUUUGAUGCUUCAAGAUAACUUCUCAGGUCUUCGUUUCACAGGGCAACUCUACAGCUAUGUGGAAUUCACUCUUCUGAGAAACUUUCUCUGGAGAUCACCUGGCCCAGCAUCUGAAAGCCUGGGCCCCUGGAGAACUCUGCUUCCCAUACACCAUGCUGUGCCUAUAGCUCCCAGUACAGCUUGAUGGGAUUUGUAGUCUUAACUUUCAUCCUUUCCAUUGUGGGACCCAGAUGGAAAUAGGAGUUAGAGUACGAAGUAAACAUAGGGGCUUUGUUCAAUGGAAGGGGCUGUAGCAACAUAUUAAAAUAUUUUCAGAUUUGUUACCGUUCUUUAAUAUACCUAUGUAUAACGCAGAGAGUUUUUGUUUGUUUUUAAUAGUGCCAAAGCCUAAAAAUGUAGUCUUCUCAAGUAAUAUGUUUCUUGGGGCUUGUACUUCCUCUGGAUCCCUUUGGAAACUUUUGCACGAGCUCCUGGCUGGAUUUGCACACGCUAUGCCAAGCCUCGAGCCCCGGAUAGGCAUCUGGGGCACAGGGGCGCCCACAAACACCUACUGGGAUUGCCCAG